AUGGAUCAUUUCCCAAUUUAUUGUUUUUCUUGUAAGAAUCAGGAAAAUUUACUAAAUUAUCUCUUAAAGAUCUCAGAUGAAUGUGCGGAGGAAUUGCAACGAUGUGCUAUAAUUACAGAGGAAUAUGAACGUCUCAUACAAGAACGCAAACAUUCCGCAUUCCGAAACUGUUUCACCGACAAAAUAUGUAAUUAUGAGCUUGCAUUGUUCGAGAAUUGUUUUGAACGAUCGAUACGAGCAGUUCGUGCUUCGCUCAAUCGAGAAAUUCUAAAAUCUGAUAAUUUCAUUGAUUCAGCACAACGAUAUUUAUCUGCAUUGGACGAUUGUUUUGAUAUCAGCCAACAGUCGGCACAAUUUCCGGAUUUCAAACCUACUUUAAUUGAUGAAGAUGCAAUUUACGCUCGUACAAUUUAUAGCGUGGAAUUUUUUGAUUAUCUUUGGGAAUUACCUCAGCUAAUUCCAACCUAUCCAUACCUUGAAAAUUCGGCUACAUUAGCUUGCCUAAUUAGGGAGAAAACAGGACGAGUAUUUGGUGGCGGUAUUAAUAAAUUCAUUAAUUCAGCUGAUUUGAAAUUAAAUAAUGAUUCAUGCUUUUUGGAAGAAAAUGAAAUACAAUGUUACCGCCGACAACUUAGUAACGAUAGAUUUUAUCAGCAAUUAUUGAUUGAUAGGGAUCAUGUCAUCAGAUCAUGCAUUCGUAGUGUUCGUUUGCAAACGCAAUGUCAUCCAAACGAUGCUUCUCGACUUCGGGCAUGCCUUUGUAGCGCUCGUGAGGAAUUUGAGAAUCGUAUUCAAGCAUCAAUAUUGCAAUGUGUACGACAAAGUCAUACGGAUUAUCUGCGCCACGAACGCCAACAGUUACAGCGGCAAUGGCACGAGCAACGAAACAAAUACUCCAAUAAACUUAUCCUAAAUACCGGUGAGAAACAAAAAUCUUCUUAA